ACGUGCUCAGCCCGGAUGUGUAUUUACUACAACCGGAGGCUACGGAAAACUAUCAACAUUCUGUCGGGACGACGGUCAUAAGAUCUCCUCUGCUAACAUGUUUGUGGAGACGCUGAAGGUGCUGGUGCUGUCCCUGUGGUACAACGUGGAGUCCUUCAUCCACUGGUUCCUGCCCAGGAGGAGGAAGGACAUAUCGGGCGAGGUGGUUCUGAUCACGGGGGCGGGACAAGGGAUCGGUCGCCUCAUGGCGCAGGAGUUUGCCGCCAGGAGCACGGUGGUGGUCUUGUGGGACAUCAACCAGGACGGCAUGAAGGAGACGGCGCAGUUAGCCAAGCAGAGUGGCGCUGUUAGCGUUCACCACUAUCUCUGCGACUGCAGCGACAAGAGCGAAGUCUAUCGAGUCGCAGACCAGGUGAAGCGGGAGGUGGGCGAUGUUAGCAUCCUGGUGAACAACGCCGGCAUCGUGACGGGAAAGAAGUUCAUGGAUGCUCCUGAUUCGCUGAUCGAGAAGACGAUGGAGGUCAACACCAUGGCACACUUCUGGACCUACAAGGCCUUCCUGCCCGCCAUGAUCGCUAACAACCACGGUCAUCUGGUUAGCAUCGCUAGCGCCGCAGGACUCGUAGGUUGCAACGGAUUGGCAGACUACUGUGCCAGCAAGUUUGCGGCGGUGGGCUUUGCAGAGUCGGUGGGUCUUGAGAUGCUGGCGACCGGCAAAGACGGAGUGAAGACCACCAUCGUGUGUCCCUACUUCAUCAACACUGGCAUGUUUGAUGGCUGCCACACCAAGUGGCCAAGACUUCUCCCCAUGCUGGAUCCAAGUUAUGUUGCCAAGAAGAUCAUGCAGGCGGUCCUGACUGACCAGGUCUUCCUCCUGCUGCCCAAGAGCAUGUACCUCAUCGCUGCUCUCAGGAACAUCCUGCCCAUGAAGCAAGGCAUCCUGCUGGGUCACUACCUGGGGGUCUUCAACGUCAUGGACAACUUCAAGGGGAAGAACAAAAAGCAGGCGUGAUGAUAGAAAGUGGUAAAGGUGUAAAAGGCGAGAGUAUCAAAGGAGAGGAGAGUGGAAGGUAAUAACUCGACUUUCUUCUCGCCCACUUCCUGCAUGACAUUUCAAAGUGGGACUCUCCUGAGUAGUAAUCACUAAUCACCUUCUUCUCAGUGCCUGCAAUCUUUAGUCUUCUUCCUACCUCCAUUUAUUCCCAAUCAUCAUUCCACUCAUCAUACAUGUCUCCUUGUCACCCAUUGUGGAGUUGGAACCCCAAACAUUCGACACUUUUCUGUUAUUAACGUGUAAUUAACCUGUUAUUAUUCAUAAUUAUCGUGUUAUUAUUCAUUUACAAAAACUAUAAUAGACAAAAAUGUGUGCAUCACAAACAAUGGGGACAAGUUUGGAGGGAAUCUGACAAGGUGGGAGCUUGUUAUGAAUAAUAACACGUUAAUUACACGUUAAUGACAUAAAACUGUAAAAUGGUAAUGACAAAAACUUGUUAUUAACGUGUAAUUAUUCAUAAUUAACGUGUUAUUAUCCAUUUAUAAAAACUAUAAUAGACAAAAAUGUUUGCAUCACAAACAAUGGGGACAAGUUUGGAGGGAAUCUGACAAGGUGGGAGCUUGUUAUGAAUAAUAACACGUUAAUUACACGUUAAUGACAUAAAACUGUAAAAUGGUAAUGACAAAAACUUGUUAUUAACGUGUAAUUAUUCAUAAUUAACGUGUUAUUAUCCAUUUAUAAAAACUAUAAUAGACAAAAAUGUUUGCAUCACAAACAAUGGGGACAAGUUUGGAGGGAAUCUGA